AUGCUCUGCAACCUUCUGUCUGAGGGGAGCCUGCUAGUGGAGAGUCCACAAGCCUGCUUCUCUGAUGGAAAUGAACGUGCCCAAAAUUACUUUGACCCGUUGUCGGCGGAGCAGACAGACCCAAGGCAAUGUGGGAUGGCUGGGGUCAGCGCUGAAGAUGAGCUGGAAUUAAGAAUAUUGAAUGCAGAUGAGAAUCAAUUGUUUGAGAAAAUGGCUGCGUUGCUGGAUGAAGAUGAUACGUUUGUAGACAUACCUGGUACACUGCGAGCCUCCAGGGAUGAGGAGGUGUUGGAGGUGAAGGCGGGUGAUCUGGUGCUUCAGCGGCGACCGCUGCUCCACAGUGGUGGUGAAGCCUCGGGCUCUGGGCCCUCCCAGACCCAAACCACCGCCAAAACCCAGGCUGAGGGGAUUGUUUGGCUGGAAGGAGAGUCCGGACUCCAAACAGGGAGGACAGUAAUGGGCCGAGAGGGCACUGUAAAAACGCGAACAGCUGAGGAAGUGAUCCCCUGCUACGCCCAGCAGCUGAGGGAGCGCGUGCGGCCUGACAUGAUCACGCUUGGCAGCCUUUCACUGCAGCAGCAACUUGCUCAGAAGGGAACCCAGAAAAGGAGAGAGUGGGCAAGCGGGAAGGAAAGACUAAUGGCCUUCUUCAGGGGCAACGAUAGGAACCAGGGGAGCCUCCCUCAGCCUGCAGAGGUGUGUGUGUGCUGCCUGAGAGCCACAAGAGACAAACUUCCCAGGGGUCUCUAUUCUGUCAGUGUGGCCCUUCACAGCCAUCUGGGGGGUCCAGCUCUGGCCUUGUCCAAUAGGAAAGAACAGCAAACCUGGGUGGUGUCCACAGAGCUGACAGAGCACCGGGGACGCUUCUACGACAACGAUCUGCACAUUAACCAGAGCCUGUUCAUGAGUUUACCUGCUGCCUGCGACAUCACCCCCUCUAUGGUCUUAGUAUUCCAGCUCAUCAGCCGGCACAGCGGCCACAUUAACUCUGUUUUAGCCUGGGGAGUAUUUCCUCUGUGCGGGCCGAGCCUCAGCCCGGUGCAGGGCAGGUUCAGGACUCCACUGCUCAGGGGGGAGCCCAGCUCACAACUGGACCAGUUUAAAAAGAUUGAAGCCCUCAUCUCCUCCGAUCUGGACCACUGGCUGUGCAACCUGUACUUUCAGGUGAAAAGGCUCCCGCCUGGAACAUCUUCAGGGCCUGAUCUCUUUUCUGGACCAUCUGAGGUAACCCAGCCGCCACACCAGCCCCGGCGCCCGUCACAGCCACAGCUCUGUCCUCGGCCCAUUCAGCUCCUGCACGCAGGCGAACCCACUGCGGUGCGUUCUCACCAGGGUUCACCUGUUCACCUGUCAGCUCAUUCCGCCUGCUCUUCUUCAUCUCUGCCAGUAUGUGUUCUCCCUGAUUUCUGUUCCUCACAGAAGAAGCCAAUCAAGAAGACAAAUAGCUGCGGCCCCAGCGUGAGCGGCAGAAGUGCACCGCCUCUGCAGGCACACGAGCAGAUGCAAGCUUCAGUGGAAAACCUCUCCACCGAGGAGAUGGAGGGCUACACAUUCUUUUUACAGUAAGUAUCAACUGGACCUGGUUCCUGUGCUCCACGACUGUCGGAUCGUGUCCGCCUGGCCCUGCGCAUGCUGCCGUCUGAGCUGGGCCUGCCGUUGCUGCGGCAACGACAACAACUUCCUGGUAGCUGGCAUGACUCCGUUCAGCAGCUCUGCCUCAUUAUGCUGCUGUUUGCUUUGAUGUGGUUUGUGAGGCUCUACCUGCAUUACUGCAGCCAGUGGCUCUACCUCCAGGCCAUUGGAGUUCCUGUCAACAAAUUCCACUUCCACGCGCACACCGUGGACCUCGUCUACCAGAGCUCUUUGCUCCACACCCGAGAGGAGCUGGCGAUGGUGACGGUGGGUCCCCUGACCUUGAACGCAGUAACGUUCCUGCUGGUUCUGAUCAGAUGGGGCUGUCAACUGAUAUUUGCCUCACUCCCUUCCUUCAUGUCAAAUUUUAUCACGGCUCAGGGAGUGUGGACAGUCCUCGACCCCCUGGCGGUCUUUGCUGUGGACGCCGUCCUCGGGCGUCUCGCCUACACCCCCGACACACCAGUGGGAGACGCAGCCAAGCUUUACUGGCACUUUUAUCGAGUCGACCAGUCGGGCGCUGCAGGAGUCAUCAUCACUCUGUUCCUUUACUCGGUCCACUUCCUGCUUUCUGUCACCAUACUUGCUGUUUACCUGCUCAGAUUCCACAAUGAUGGUCGCAUGCUGGACGUCUUUCAGCGACUCACAGCCAAGGAGGGUGCACACUUCCUGCCUCAAGACCUGGAGCUGUCAAAUCAAGAACUAAGCUACAUCGUCAAGAAAGCAGAGCAGUGGAGAGGCUUCAAUGGGGAGAGGCGUAAGGUGGCUGUGCAUGACUACAUCUGGACUGCAGAGGAGCCCCCAUCAGACGCUGCAGCCCCUGUUGAGGAGCCCCCCAGUGAGGGAGCACCUCCACCUGAGAGGGAAACCCACGUCAUCAUCUACACCCUGUACCUGAGUGGGCUGAAGCAAAAAUACAGACACUUCCUCCGGCAGCCUGACGGGGCAAUCACUGAGGUGAUUGGUGAAACAGAGGAAGUUAACAAUGGACCCUGCCCGGGUCAGAGCUCUGCCGAUCGGAGAGAGGACAAGGAAGACGAGAGCGCUUCUCUCCAGCUCAGGAAACGGAAGAAACGGUUUGGUCCAAUACCUAUGGAGGAUCAAGAGUUUCUCUAUUCCAGGUCUCCCUCCUUCUACAUUCCCCCUGUACCGCUCACACUGACUUCUGCUGACACCGACCAGGUGGCGUCGUCACUGUGGGUUUCCAUGGAGCCUGCCAACAGGAAGCAGUUUAGAAUGGCCAGCGAGACACAAGCCGCCAUCACCAUCCCUGUCCCCGCGGUCACUCGUGAAGGACCACUCCAGAGGCCCAGUUUGGUCCCUCCAGUGCAGGCGCCAGGCCCCGUCAGUCACACGCCAACCCUGGGACUUGGUCACGUCUAUCAGGACGUGACGAAUGACGGAGAAAUUGGACUGUGUGGUUGGUUGUGGCGGAUUUCCCCUCAAGUGGCUGUGAUUGUGCUCAUUACUGCCCAUUUACAUUUCAUCAGCAAGUUAGCUAGCCCUGUGCAAGCACCACUGACUCACUGGUACAAAGAAGAGGCGAUGGUGGCGGCCUGA